CAGUGCUGGUCGUCAAACACAGGGCAACAAGAAGUAAGCCGUGUCAGUUACCUGUGAUAGUAGCUGAUUCUGAACAAAAGAUGAAGGCACAAAGGCAUCCAUGGCGGACAGUGAGGAAUGGGGGAAUCCUGCUGAAAGGCGAGGGAGAUUAACAGCCGUUCUGGCACUGGCAACACUCAUAUCUGCAUUUGGUUCAUCCUUCCAGUAUGGAUAUAAUGUGGCUGUCAUCAACUCUCCAGCACAGUUCAUGCAGCACUUUUACAACGUCACCUUCCUGGAGCGUUACGGUGCACGCAUGGAAGACAACCUGCUGACUCUGCUGUGGUCGCUGUCUGUGUCCAUGUACCCACUGGGAGGCUUCUUUGGCUCUCUUGUGGUGGCUCCACUGGUCAACAAACUGGGAAGAAAGGGAACCCUCCUCUUCAACAACAUCUUCUCCAUCGUCCCUGCUCUUAUGAUGGGAGUCAGUGAGCUUGCAAAGUCCUAUGAGAUCAUCAUUGUGGCAAGAUUCAUAGUGGGCAUCUGUGCAGGUCUUUCAUCCAACGUGGUGCCCAUGUAUCUGGGCGAACUCUCCCCCAAAAACCUGAGAGGAGCCAUUGGCAUCAUACCACAGCUCUUUAUCACCAUCGGCAUCCUUAGUGCCCAAGUGCUGGGCAUCAGGAACAUACUGGGCAACAGUGCAGGCUGGACCCUCAUGUUAGGCCUCACUGGUAUUCCUGCCCUCACUGAGCUCCUGCUGCUGCCCUUCUUCCCAGAGAGCCCCAGGUACAUGCUCAUCCAAAGAGGCGAUGAAAGAACAGCAAAGACAGCGUUACAGCGCCUGCGUGGUUGGGACGACGUAACUGAAGAGCUUUCAGAGAUGCGUCUGGAGGACCAGUCAGAGAAGUCAGAGGGUCACUUGUCUGUGCUUUCCUUGCUGUCCCAGCGCUCCCUUCGCUGGCAGCUGGUCUCCAUCAUUGUCCUGAACAUGGGUCAGCAGCUGUCAGGGGUCAACGCGAUCUACUACUACGCAGACAGCAUAUACGCCACCGCGGGGGUAGCACAGAAUGACAUCCAAUACGUCACAGUUGGAACUGGUGCUGUUAAUGUCAUCAUGACCAUAGCAGCUGUAUUCAUCGUGGAGGCCUUAGGGCGACGCCUUCUCCUCCUCUGUGGAUUUGGAAUCUGCUGUGGAGCCUGUCUGAUACUCACUAUUGCUCUCUACUUCCAGGGGAGUGUGACAUGGAUGUCCUAUGUCAGCAUCACAUGUGUUAUUGUCUACAUCAUAGGACAUGCCAUUGGACCCAGUCCCAUCCCGUACGUGGUGACCACUGAGAUGUUCCGGCAGUCAGCCAGACCCGCUGCCUUCAUGGUAGCAGGUUCUGUCCAUUGGCUCUCCAACUUCACUGUUGGUCUGCUAUUCCCCUUCAUGGAGGUCAGUUGCACACCACAGAAGCCUGGGCCCCUACAGCUUCAUCAUUUUUUCCUGUGUUUGUCUGCACACGCUGAUUUACAUCUGGCUGGUGGUGCCCGAGACGAAGAACAAGACCUUCCUGGAGGUCUGCCAGAUGUUUACAAAGAGGAACAAAGUGGGGGUCAAGCUGGUCGACGGCAGUGUGCCUGUGAAAGACAGCAAAGACAGCCUGCAGUACACACAGAAGGUCACAGCCUUUUGAGGGGGAAAAUAGAGGAAGCCCUCACUCUGGGGGGUUUGCAUGGGACUAGAUGUGCUUCUAUUUUUUUUUUCCAUUUAGUCUUUGCACAAAGUUUUUGUAGUAUUGAAAAUAAUCAAAGUGAUGGUUGGUAGAAGCAUGAAUGUUCCUUUAUUUGUACAGUAUAUUGCUGAAGCUUACAUUAAAUAUUGCAAGACUGUA